ACACCUCCUGCCCCGGCCCCGCCGCGCUGCCCUGCCCGGCACCGCGCUGCUGGCAUGGCCGUGCCGCAGCUCUGAGCCCAGCCCAGCCCCGACCCCGGCCCAUGGACGGCAAAACCUCCCCGACCACUGCCUCGCCCAGCAGUGUCCCUCCCAGCCUGCUCCAUGUCUCCACGGCCAGCAGCAUCUUCGGUGCCCGACCUCCGCCGCCUCGAGAGAACGUCCUGGGCAUCAGCUUCAAACCCUACAGCCCCGAGUCCGGCCCGGCCCCGAGCCCCUGCUCGGCCUGCGACAGCACACGAUCCUCCAUGUUCAGAGCUCCCUGCAUGAGCCAGCGGCGGCUCGCGCUCAUCUUCUGCGUCUCCGUGCUCAUCGUGCUGCUCAUCGCCCUCAUCCUGCUGUUCAUGUUCUGGAGGUCGCAGACGGGCAUCCUGUACAAGGAGCCAGCAGAGAGCUGCAGGGACAGCGCCGUGCGCUGCGACGGCGUCGUCGACUGCUCGCAGAGGAGCGACGAGCUGGGCUGCGUGCGCUUCUCAUCCGAGGAGUCCUUGCUGCACGUCUACUCCAGCACCGAGAGCCAGUGGCUGCCGGUGUGCAGCAGCGACUGGGACGAGUCCCUCUCCAGGAAAACCUGCCGGCAGCUGGGAUUUCAGAAUGCGUCCCAGACCGAGUACAUCCCCCUGCGUGUCUCUGGCAAGAGCCUCACGGUGACUGAUGAGCGAGAGACCAUCCAGCAGAGCCUCAACAGCUCCCAGUGUCUCACGGGAAAGUACGUCUCCCUGCGAUGCACAACCUGCGGGCAGAGGAUUUCUGGCCGGAUCAUCGGCGGGAAGGAGACCUCAGUGAACAAAUGGCCCUGGCAGGUCAGCGUGCAGUACGGGCCCAUCCACAUCUGCGGCGGCACCAUCAUCGACGCCCAGUGGGUGCUCACGGCUGCCCACUGCUUCUUCAUGAACAGCAUGAAGAUCCUGGACGACUGGAAGGUGUACGGAGGGGUGUCGGACCUGAAGCAGCCCAUGGAGGGCAUCCCCGUGUCCCAGGUGAUCAUCAACUCCAACUACAGCGACGACCACGACGACUACGACAUCGCCCUCAUGAAGCUCUCCAGGCCUCUGACACUCUCAGCCCAGGUGCGCCCCGCCUGCCUGCCCCUGUACGGCCAGCGAUUCCAGACCGGCAGGUCCUGCUUCAUCACCGGCUUCGGCAAGACCCGGGAGAACGAAGAUAACACGUCCCCGAAGCUGCGGGAGGCCGAGGUGAAGCUGAUUGACUACAAGAUCUGCAACAGCGACAAGGUGUACGAGGGCUACCUGACCCCCCGCAUGAUGUGCGCCGGCUACCUGCAGGGAGGCAAGGACGCCUGCCAGGGUGACAGCGGAGGGCCCCUGGUGUGCGAGGACGAUGGCCGCUGGUAUGUGGCCGGGGUGACGAGCUGGGGGACAGGAUGUGGCCAGAAGAACAAGCCCGGAGUGUACACGCGCGUGACGAAGCUCCUCAGCUGGAUAUACAGCAAAAUGGAGAGCGAGAACGACUAAGGGCAGGAUGGACACUGUGCCCCUGCUGCUGCCAGGGCACGAUGCCACCAGCCAAUCCCCACCUCUCUGGACUGUCCCUGCAGCCAGGGACCCGUGGCUGCCCCCGAACUCUGGAAACAGCACCCGCAAAGUGCCCCUGCCCUCGCCGGGUGCCAGGGCUGGCAUGGUGGUGCUGGGCACAGCAGCCAGCCAGGCCCGGGGGGACACAGCCCAUGCCAGCAGCUGGCCGUGCUGGCUGGGGGACGCCUCCCUGCCCCGUGUCUGUGGCUCUGCUGUAAACAGACCUGUCUGGACAGGCUGUGCGAGCGCUUCCUGGCGGGGCCGUGGCACUCUCAGGGGGCGAGGGGCUGCCGGCAGUGCCCGUGGAGAGGGAGCUCUCUCCUUCAGCCGGGUCACGGCUGUGCCACCUCAGGGUGCGGGAUGUGGCGGCUGUGUCCACAGUGCCACACCCGUGGGGCCCCGCCGGCGGCUCUGCUGCGAACGGAGCCCCGAGCUGCGGAUAUUCCUCUCCCUCCGGGAGGGGCGGCCGCCGCUCCCGUGUUUGCCGAGGGAUUUAGGAAGUGCCUUUUAGGGGAUGUCCCUGCCUGCCAGAGAAGCACCGGCUCGUUUAUUUUUCCGUGCCGUGGCGCUCCCUCCCAGGAGCUCUCGGUCUGCUCCGGGCAGGG